AUGGCCCUCAAGCAAGAUACAGCCGGGAUCAUCGCCGCGGCCGAGAGUCACAUCACCUCUUACUGCGCCACUCUUUCCUCACCCUCGUUCCCAACCUCAACCGGUCGCGCUACAAAGAUGACGACCUACUACCUUCCGACCAUAUCCUUCUUUACAGAUGGAACCAUCAUUCAACUAUCCGAUCCAUCGCAUUUCGUGCAACUGAUUUCAGGCCCUCUGGACAGAUUGGGAGGUCUUCCCGACGUAAAAGGCCACCGAGUCGAAGGUGUCAGCGAAAAUAGUGCAGUUAUAUGGCUCUCAUUGGAGGUUAAGGGGAUCGAGAUUUUGAAUGUGUAUUUCUUCAGAAGAAUGGGGGAUAGAAGUCAAGGGUUCGAGGGUGGUAUUUUGACGGGGAAGUUUGGUUGUUGA